AUGAACUAAGAAACAUAAUAGAAAAUGGAAGUAUCAGAUAAAGUAGAAAAGGAGAAUUCUAUAGGAGAUGAACAUGAAGAUGAAAACCAAGAUUUAGUAGAAGAUUUAUUAUUUGGAGAUAUAGAAUUUGAGAGUAAAGAAUUCAAAAUAGAGAGAUUAUCUCAUAGCUAAAAAAAAUUAUAAUAAUAUCAUUAGCAUUUGCAAAAACAUACUGAUAAGGAAUUUUUAAAGGAUAAAUGGAAUCAAAGAAAGAAAAGAGUUAAUAAGCGUUUAGAUGGAUUGUCAAAUGAUGAAAAAUUCUAAGAAAGAUGCAAACGUAAAGAAGAAAUCGAAUAAGAAAGAUUAAAUAUGAUCAAAGGCUACGAAAGUGGUAUUCCAUUGAUUAUUGAUAACUCUUUUGAGUAGUAUAUGACAUUUAGAGAAAUACGUUCUUUGGCCAUACAAAUUUCAUAAACAGUUUUUGCUUAGAGAAAAAAUAAAAAUCCCUUUUAGGUGAAUGUCUGCAACGCUUCUUAAUAAUUGAAGGAUUGCAUGAACACACAAAUUUUCAAAAAGUUGCCUUUUAAUGUAUAUGAACAAGAUAUUUUAGAAAUUGAAAGGUUUAAAGGAAAAGAAGCAAAUAUGAUUUAUUUAUCACCUGAUAGCGAAAAUGAGCUAGAAACUGUCGAUCCUAGUGGGAAUACAAUUUAUAUAGUAGGAGGUUUAAUAGAUAGGACAGUUAAGAAAUGGGCUAGUUAUGAUAGAGCAAAUUCUAUGAAUAUCAAAUCAGCUAAAUUGCCUAUUAAUUAAUACUUAAGUGAUCUUACUAGGAGAGCCUUAAAUAUAGACACUGUGACAGUCAUGAUGGGAUUAGCAAUACAUCUUAAUUUUGAUUGGAAGACUACCACUUUGACUGUUUUAGGAAAUAGAAAAAUUAAUGAAGACCUUAAAGAAGAACAAAAGCAAGUAGUUUUAGAAGGAGUUGAAAAGCUUGGCAGUUCUAAACUUGAUAAAAGUUCACAUCUCAUUGAUAUAUAAAAAUCUAUUGAAUCAAGGCUAAAAAAAUAAAACAAAUAAAUAUUAAAUGACGAUUAAAAAAAUUAAUAAAACUCAAAUAACAUUUCUUAAAAUGAAAGUAGUAGUUUCAACUAGCUUGAUUAAAUAGAAAAGUUGUAAAUAACUGAAAAUUUAAAUUAAGAAAACAGCGAAAAAACAGACAAGCAAAACCAUGAAUGA